GACCCUGUCGGAAAAGCUGAACGGUGUGUUUGGUCGCCUGGGGAACAAGGGGGGAGGCUGACCGAGCGUGAUGUGGAUGCUGCUCUGCGCGAAGUUCGAAUGGCCUUGCUGGAGGCGGAUGUGAACUUCCGCGUGGCGCGCGAGUUCAUAGCGCGAAUCCGCGAGGAAUCCCUGAAAUCCGAUGUGCUGCAGAGCCUGUCGCCCGGACAGCAGGUUGUUAAGGUAACCAACGAUGCCCUCGUGGACAUCCUUGGCGGCAAGGUGCAUCGCCUUGAAGCCGGGCCCCGGCGUCCGUCCGUCAUCCUGAUGGUGGGGCUUAACGGCGCGGGCAAGACCACCGCCUCCGCCAAGCUCGCCCACUACCUGAAACAGGACGGCCAGACGCCCGUAAUGGUCGCCGCCGACUUGCAGCGCCCCGCCGCAAUUCAGCAGCUCGAAGCGCUGGGCAACCAGAUUGAUGUGGCCGUCUAUCAGGACGCGAAAUCGGCCAAUACGCCCAAAGUCGCCAGGGAUGGAGUCAAGCGCGCCGCCGAACUGAACGCGGCGUGGGCAAUCGUUGACACUGCGGGGCGAUUCCAGGUUGACGGCGAGCUUAUGUCUGAACUCGAAGCGGUGAAGGAAGCCGUGUCACCCGACGAAACUCUUCUCGUGGUGGACGCCAUGACGGGCCAGGAAGCCGUCGAAGCCGCCAACCAGUUCCAUGAUCGCAUUGGCUUGACGGGCCUGAUAAUGACGAAGAUGGAUGGCGACGCGCGUGGCGGGGCUGCGCUCUCGAUCACAUCGGUGACCGGUGUGCCCAUCAAGUUCAUCGGCACGGGCGAACGCACAGACGCGCUAGAGAUGUUCUACCCUGACAGGCUCGCCUCUCGCAUCCUCGGCAUGGGCGACAUGCUCACGCUCAUAGAUAAGGCGCAGGCGAAUUUUGACCAAGACGAAGCUGCCGAGAUGGAGCGCAAGAUUCGGCAGCAGACCUUUGACCUUGAGGACUUCCUCGGUCAGCUUCAGCAGCUCAAACAGAUGGGGCCUAUCAGCCAGGUCUUGGAGAUGGUGCCCGGGCUUCUCCGCGAUGAAGGGCAAAGUGUCCAUGGACGAGCUGGACGGCAGCCAUCUAGUCAGGACCGAGGCGAUUAUACGCUCCAUGACAGCGGAGGAGCGCCGCCGCCCGGAUAUUAUUGGCGGGAGCCGUAG